UUCCUGAUAUUUUCAUAUUAAUCUGAAUUUUUUAAUUGGACAAAACAAACUGAAUUGCAGGAAAGGUUGUAAUACUUUGGCAAGUCUUUAUGUAUUCCUGAAGCAGGCUAAUUUUACACAAUGAGAUUAAAAGUUUAUUUAAAAAUAAAAAACAGGUUACCAUUGUCUCGGUUAAGAUCAUCUGCUAAGACCAAAGUAAAUUGAUAUGUUUUUAUGUUAGGAGGUACGUAGCAAACGUGACACAAUUCUCCGUCAAUUUUCUGACUUUCUUUCAAUACUAGUAUUUUAAUAUACUUACACCUGGGAAGCAGGACUAUAGAAGUGUAUAUUCUCUGCCACAAAUUCUACUGUAAUUUUUUUUUUUUUCACUUGCUUCUUGCAGGUUUAUUUUUCAUUGCGAAAGAAACAUUAAAGAGAGUUACAGAAUACAUAUAAGCUGAUCAUAUUUUAAAAUAAAGAAUGAAGUGCUUCUCAGUGCAAUGGCGAUUCUCAUUUCAAAUGAAGUCUGCGAUGAUUAAAUAUUAAAAUGAUCGAUGGUUUAAAUUAAUAUAAGAACUUUUCAGGGGAUUAUUACAAAGAUUAACAUUUUUAAUGUUUUAAUACUUCCGUAGUUUAUCAAUCACAGACACAGUGAAACUGUUUUUAGUUAGCAAGCUGAUGAACUCAUAUAUCAUUGCAGUAUUAUGCAUAACAUAAACAUCAUGAUGUUGUUGGUAGAAGAGAUAAAGAAACACAAUUUAUGUUGUGGCUCAUUAAUAAUCAGUUGUGGUCUUGGAGUAUUUUUUGACACAGAAGAAGCAGGUAACUUUAUUAUUAUUGUUCAUUCGUGUGUUGUGAUUGUUCUUUGCAUAUCCUUCAUAGAAUCAUUGAAUCAUAGAAUGGCUUGGGUUGGAAGGGACCUUAAAGACCACCUAGCUCCAGUGCCCUGUUGUGGGCAAGGCUGCCACCCACCAGAUCAGGCUUCCCCAUCCAACCUGACCUUGAACGCCAGGAAUGGGGCAUCCACAGCUUCUCUAGGCAGUGCUAGUGCCUCACCAGUCCAGUAGAUGGAGCUGAUGCACAGACUGUGAACGGGGCUCCCAUCUUUCUUCCAUGUCUUAGAGACGGUGGGCAGCAGCAUUGGAAAGCCUCUGGGGUACACUCAGUUUGCUGAUGAGACUCCACUGUAGUUUCAGUGAUUUUGGAAUUGAAAACAAUGGGUAAGAAAGAUGCCUCUACAGCAAGAACUCCUGUUGACCAAUACAGGAAACAAAUAGGAAAGCAAGAUUAUAAGAAAACCAGACCUAUGUUAAGAGCAACAAGAUUAAAAGCAGAGGCCAAGAAAACUGCACUAGGCGUGAAGGAAGUUGCCCUUGUCCUUGCAGCUAUAUUGGUACUUCUGUUGGCUUUUUAUGCUUUCUUUUAUCUUAACAUUUCCAAUGAAGUUGACCUUGAUCUGGAUCCAGAUGAAAACUAGCAGAUGCAAUGAAUCUAUUAUCAAGAUUUCUUCAGCUUGAACAAGACUACGUAGGAACACACAGUCCCUUCCCUGGGAGACAGUAAACAAUGCCAUUUCUUGCAGUCCAAAUUUGUAAGUUUUGCAACACGUUACUUCUACAUUCCAGAUCUCCAGAAGAAAGGAAGCACACUCAUGCCCUGCAAGCAUAUUUGGUUAACGCCAAAACCAGGAGCUGCAGCACAAUACAGGAAGUUUAUUGUUUACAUUAUAUUUUCUCAGGCAGAGAACUUUGAUGUCAAAAGACAGGUGCUAUUAUUAUCUUGGGUAUUGAUGCUGACUUCACAGGAGAAGAAUCUGCCUUGACUAAAUUUAGGAAUCAAAGCUUCCUAAUAGCUGAAUUACGUUAUUUUUCUUUUCCCAAAAGAAAGCGGAAAUAUCAUACAAAAAAAAAAAUCUUUUAUUGAUUUGUAUUUAAAGUAUAUCAAACCCCCCUCUUUCUUUAUCUCCCUUUUUAUCUUUCUUUUAAACAUGUAUGCACAAAUGCGCUCCCAAAGAUGGAAGAAAUUGUAGGAAAAAAUUAUCUUUUUAGAAGCAGUCUGUCACCUCCUAUAUGGACUUAAUUUUAUGUCAUCCCAGAUUCUGUGUGCCCAUAUAUCUACAGUAAUCUUUUUCAUUCUUUUGCCAACUGUUCAGCACACAUGUGUUCUGUCAGAAAUGGCACCUGGAUGACAGAAGCUCUAACAUUCGCAUAUGCCUCUGAAACACAGUUCUUUGCCUCCUGUGCUGUCUGAACUAGUGUAAAUAGAAAGUUCAAUCGAUGUUGGGCUUAAUUAGUAUAUUGCUCUAUUAUUAAUAUAAAGUCAAAGUUGUAUUUUAAUUAUAAUCUUCCUGCUGGUUGUGAUAUCAACUUGUUCUACCUGUUUGGAGGGUAUUGUAAAAAAAAAUGUGUAUUUCCAGUUAUAAAAUCAUUUUUAUCAUCAAACUAAUGUAUGAAGUUGUGAGUAUUAAGAAUCCUUUCACGUAUACUUCUUGUAAGUGGGAAAAUCUUGGCUCCACGUCAUCCUUUAGUUCUUGCAAAGUAUCUUUUGGAAUAUGCAGUGUGGAUAUCAUUUCUGAUGCCUUUGAUAACCAAAAGUAACUUAAAGAAGUUGGUAUGUCAAAGCAGCUGCAGGGAGCUUUAAAAUUUUGGCUUUACCCUGUUCUGCUUCAGUUUUGGCAUAUUACUGAGCUUGUGGUUGUAAAGGAUUUCUUCUGAUCCUUCAAAAAUCUGGUCAGAUUUUCUCUAGUUUCUUUUAUUUUUGAAACCAAGAAAAGCAUGGACCCACUGCUGCUGAAUGUGUAAGGGAGUUAGGCAGUUUGACUUCCGGAAAAGUUGAUGUAAUUUUGAAAUUUUAUUAGCAAACCAGCUUCUCUUAAUCUUAGGUACCCAUUUCAGUUUUAGUUGCAACUGUGGCAUUUACUGACUUGUUCUGGAAACACUUCACUGAGUUUCCAUAUAGUGAUUCUGGAGACAAGGGCAUACCAAAGUCUAGCAACUAUUGUAAUGGAAAGUAUGUUUAUUUUAAAUUGACACAGUCCCAUUAUCACCACUUAAGGAACUUAGCUCAAUACAGUUAGUUUUUAAACCAUACAGUAACUAUGACCUUAUAUGCCAUGAGUCUCUAAGGAUACACUUCUCUGUCAUACUCCUCGUUCACUUUAUGCAGUGCAAAGCAGCUCCUCUAGAAAUAUAGAGUACACCAUCUUCCAAGAAGAAUAUGAAAAAGAAAUACAUACAUGCAAUUAUUUCUUAUUUUCUAAUUAUGACUCUUACAGAUAUUCAUGUGCCUGAUAGUCUGCUAAUGCUCCUAUAGAUGACCAAACUCUUACCGACAUGUUGCAUUUAUGGCGAAGCAUUUUCUGACACAUGGCCCUCUUUUCAGUGGAGAGAAAUGCUCGUCACAAACUGUCUUCUUGGAUGUGACAUGCUGUUUGUUUCACCAAUGGCACACCACAUGUCAUAGAAGCUACAGACCUCUCCUUUUACUUUGCAUGAGCAAUUUUCCUGCUCCAUAAAAUACUGGAAGGAUUGCUAUGUUAAUGUUUGCGUGUAGCUCCCUGGGUGAUAUGUGGUCUGAGAAUGACGCGUGGUUAUCACCAUCACACAGGUUGUCUUGUAACUUGCUUUCUGAAUCAGUCAUAUUAAAAAGCAUGCUAUUCCUACUGUCAAAUUUAUGAACAUGAUGUUCUUAGAAGAUCUGAUUUCCCAUAAUUAUGACUCAUAGACAAAAUCAGUGUGCGUAUGUGUGUGACUGAAGCAGCUUUCCUGAUUUGUGGCGUAUCAAUCCACAGUGCCCACAAGUGCCAUAGUUUGCACUGUUGGCUUCAUUUCAGUUAGACCUUUUCAUUUACAUGAAAGAUAAAUAUAAUGAGAAAUUUUUCUGUUGCUUAGAUAAACUGGAUAAAUUUCUGUUCAGUGUACAUAGAAAUACCUGGUAAAUAUUGCAGCAAAUACAGUGAUUCUCUUAUCAGUACAAUAAUUUCUAAUGGGACCAUGUCAAUAUUUUUUUAAAGCUAAAAGCCUCUACCUCUCAUCAAAUUCUUCAUCCUUGGUGUUCUAAAAGGCACAGACACAACAAUAUUAGAAUUGAAGUUACAUUGUGAGCUUUCUCAUUCAUGAGUAUCCUGAGUUCAGGAUCUGAUUUACUCCAAGGGGAUCAUAAUCCAGCCUGAAGUUAUUUCUGUUUUCUAGAGCACUGUUGUGUCCAUAGCUGUAGGUAUGUCUUGCAAAUAUAUGGUUUAUUUUACCUUGCUUAUAUCUCAGAUUGAAACAUGCCUCCGCAUUUUUUUGGGGCCAUCUAUCUUUGUAUGAGUUGCUUAGUGCUUGUUUUAAUAAUAAAUGGAUUUUUACUCUC